AAGGUUAACUGAGCUAAACACAAGAAAAACAAAAGAAGGAACCUCACUGUAAUAGAGAGGCAUGGAGAGAUGGUCUGAUAAAUGACCCGGAGCUUGAAGAUAGACAAAGUGACAGGUCAAGAAUCAGAGACUGACAUCAGUAGGAGUGCACAAACUAGAAGCAGAGGAGGAGUCUGGUAUGAGAGGAAACUAAAAAGAGUGGAGCGCGAAAAGGAGAUCUUCAAAACAGAGAGAUCCUUUCUGAUGGACCAUUGAAAUAGAUGUGGAAUAAACUGGAGCCUGGCAACAAGGACUUCAACUGGCAAAAUACAUUUUCAUCACUGAAGGAAUUACCGAAAAUAUAAACACAAGGAACUGUGAGAGCAGAAGACAAUCAAACAUCAUUAAAAACCUAAAGAAGACGUGGAGAUACCACCAACAGAGAGAGUAUACCACACACAGGGUUUAUCACAGGACAUUUGGUCACCUCUCUGUGUUGGGAAUGAAAUGAAGUUGAGUAAGUUAGAAGUCCACCUACACUGAACAGACACUGCAGCAUGAAGCUCUGGCAUGGGGCAAGAGGGGCACUACUGGCCUUGCUGCUGAGUUUACUGCUGUUUUCCUGCACCACACAAGAGAGUGAGAAGAGUCUGGAGCUGCAAGAGGAAAACGAUACAGUCAGCACUGAGAGCCCUGAUAUUGUAUCCUCUGACAUAACAAUCGUGAGCCCCCACAGGACAUGGAUAGCCUUUAGGGACAACUCAAACAAGGGUGGAAAUAAGAAACCAAGAGGAAAUAAAAGGCUGUCCAAGCAUGGCCUUCCAGGUCCACCAGGCCCUCCUGGUCCCCAGGGGCCUCCUGGUCCUCCGGGCCCCCUACUGCCUCAUCAUGCAGAAUUGAUAAAGGACUUCCAAGUCAAACUAAAAGAGAUGGUAGGAACUUACUGUCUGCUCUGCGAUCAACCCCCUCGUGUGGCCACAGCUUUCCAUUGCCGACUGCAACACAACCUGCUGGCCCACCGUCGCAGUCUGCAGGAGCUCCAGCCCUUCAACAAUCCCUCAAACACAGAGCAGUUCCCUCAAAGAGGACAGGGCUUUAACACCAGCAGUGGCCGGUACACAGCUCCAGUGUCUGGGUUCUAUCAGCUCACAGCUAGUCUGCUACUGGAAUCCAGUGAGUCUCAGAAGAAGCCUUAUGCCAGGCAGAGGGACAGUGUUAAGGCCUCUAUAUGCAUAGAGUCUCUUUGUCAGAGUAAUGUAUCUUUGGAGACAGUGACUGGAGUGAGUGCAACAGGGGGACUAUUCAGUAUUCUCCUGACCGGGACUCUUUACCUUCAGGCUGGAGAGUAUGUAUCUAUUCUUAUUGACAAUGGGACAGGCUCAGCCCUCACAAUUCUCCAAGACAGUCUGUUUUCUGGCAUUCUUAUUGGAGUAUGAGGACACAAACCAUAGACUUCAAAGAAGCUCAUUUUAUCAAUGACAACAAAAUACAUAUCUUUAUUAGGUAAGGUAUUCAGGACAUAUUAUAAUAAUAAUAAUUGCAUAAGAGGGACAACACUUUUCAAGCACCUACAAGAGACUCUAUGUAUUACCAUUGAUGCAAAGGGCAGCAGGAUUGCACUGCUAUUUAUUUCCUAUAUAAUAGCAACAUUUAAACUCUGUUAAUAGAGGUGUAUGUAUUUUUUCAUGUGGUAUGUUCAUGCAUUCCAUCAUUAACCGGGCUGAAGUUUUAUUUAUUUGCAUUUCCUUUUUAAAUGGAUAUUGAUAUUUGUAUAUAUUUGCAAUAAAAUACUUGCAUAAAUGCUGAAA